UGUGACCUUAUCCUAAUGUCGUUUCUCUUCAGGUGGGAGCCCUUCACAGAGUUUCCCCAGGAGAGGAGCUCUGUCAACCUGUUGAGCAACGGCGGCGCCCUGUACGCCGUGGGCGGCUUCACCAUGGUUCAGAUGGAGAACAAGGAGGUGGCUCCCACAGAGGUCACCGACGUCUGGCAGUACGAGGAGGAUAAGAAGCAGUGGAGCGGCAUGCUGAGGGAGAUGCGUUACGCUGCCGGCUCUUCCUGUGUGUCCAUGCGCCUCAACGCUGCCAGGAUGCCCAAACUGUAGACAGAACU